GCCCUCCGCUGAGGCUGAGCUGUUGGUGCCAAGGCUUCGUCCCCAGGAUUCGCAAACGCUGAGCUCCUCGCGAGCUUCCUGGAGCUCCACCAUGUGGAGGCGACGGCAGGGCUUCCUCAGGCCAGUGGUCUGCGGGGUGGAGGAGCUACGGUGCCGCCGGCGGGAGCGGGAGGCAGCACUGAGGAAAGCGCGGAGGGAGCAGCAGCUGGUCAGCAAGAGGCUACUCAGAGAAGAUGGCCCGGAGGAAACUGGAGGGGAACGUGUGGCCGCGGUCCUCGGGGAAGCAGAGGUGCAUCAGUUCCUGCGGCUUGCUCAGAGAGGGACAGAGGAAAAGGAGCGAGAGCAGGCUCUUGUCAGUCUUCGCCGAGGCUUGCAGCACCCUGAGACGCAGCAAACCUUCAUCCGGCUGGAGGGCAGCAUGCGAACCCUGGUCGGGCUCCUGACUAGCAACCAGGCCCUGCUGCAGCUUGAAGCGGCUCGGUGUCUGCAUGAGCUCUCUCAUUCUGAGCAGUCAACGGUCGCUGAGGCCUGCCUGCCAGCCACUUCCUACCUCCUCACCUACCUCUCCGGUCACAGCUCGGACUUCAUAGAACUGUGUCUGUAUACACUGGGUAACCUGAUCGUGGAGAGUGAGGCUGUGCGAAGGCAGCUCCUGCCACAGGGCAUUGUUCCAGCCUUGGCUGCCUGCAUCCAGUCUCCCCAUGUGGCUGUGCUGGAAGCUCUUGGAUAUGCCUUGUCUCAGCUUCUGCAGGCUAAGGAAGCUCCAGAGAAGAUCAUUCCCUCCAUCCUGGGCUCCAGUCUCCUUCAACACAUACUGCAAUUGUUGCAACCUGGUCCAAAGCUGAACCCUGGAGUUGCUGUGGAGUUUGCCUGGUGUCUUCACUAUAUCAUCUGCAGCCAGGUCAACAAUUCCCUGAUCAUCAGCCAUGGGGCUCUGUCCACUCUGGGGCUGUUGCUAUUGGACUUGGCAGGGGCUGUCCAGAAAAUUGAGGAUGCAGGACUGGAGCUGCUGGCAUGCCCUGUGCUUCGGUGUCUAAGCAACCUGCUAACAGAAGCAGCAGUGGAGGACAUGGGAGGCCAGCUACAGCUCAGGGAUGAGCGUGUUGUGGCAGCAUUAUUUAUCCUUCUGCAGUUCUUCCUCCAGAAGCAGCCUAGCCUGCUUCCUGAGGGCCUCUGGCUUCUCAACAACCUCACUGCAAAUAGUCCUAGCUUCUGUACCUCCUUACUCUCCCUGGAUCUGAUUGAGCCUCUCUUGCAGCUGUUACCAGUAUCAAAUAUGGUGAGCCUAAUGGUGCUCACAGUUUUGUGCAAUGUUGCAGAAAAGGGUUCUGCUUACUGCCAGCGGCUGUGGCCAGGACCCCUGCUCCCCUCCUUGCUGAAAAUGCUGGCCUGUUCUGACACUGAAGUAGUAGCCCAGAGUUUGGAGCUGCUGCAGCUACUGUUCCUUUAUCAGCCAGAGGCUGCUCAGGCUUUUCUGCAGCAGUCAGGGCUACAGGCCCUGGAAAGACAUCAGGAAGAGGCCCAGCUCCAGGAUCGUGCACAUGCUCUCCGGCAGACAGCUCUUCACGGAUGACCUUCAUGGCACCUCAGUCCUUCACUGCCACCCCCCAUUCAGCUUCUUUGUCCACUUUCUCUUAAGAGAGUGAGGGCCAGCGGUGUGGCCUGAUGGUUAAGGUAGCCAGAUACCACCUGGCUGAGUACAUGUUGCGAGUCCCAGACUUGGUGGCUAGAGGAACAAACUGGGCAUGUUUCCUUAAAAUCCUGAAAGGAGGGAGAGAUGGAGAAGGAACUGCAGCUGCAGAAUGAGCAUUCUCUACAGGGGGAUUGCUCCCUCCUCUGUGUGUUUCUCUGGUGAGUGCACGCACAUUUAGAGAGAGAGAGAGAGAGAGAGGAGCCUUUGGAAAUUUAAGACCAAAAUGAGGUCUCAUGGUCUCUGCUCCCCCUUAGGUCAAGACAUUUUGACCCCAGUUCCUGUUGUUAUUGUUUCAGCAGAUGGUGGCUUUUGAUGAAACAGAAUAAAACUUUUAUUUUUAUAUUCAA